AUGGCAUCAGGGUCGAAACCUUCUCACAAUGAUUAUACCGUGGCGUGGAUAUGCGCACUCCCAGUGGAGCUGGCGGCUGCCCAAGCCCUUCUGGAUGAGACCCACGAUCAACUUCCAGCCGGACCGACUGACGCGAAUGUUUACACGCUAGGGUGCAUAUGUGGCCAUAGAAUUGUCCUCACCUGUUUACCGAGCGGUGUAUGCGGGACAAUCUCCGCAGCUGUUGUCGCGACCCAACUUUUGUCAACUUUCCAUUCCAUCCAAUUUGCCCUCCUAGUCGGUAUUGGCGGAGGCAUACCGACUGAGAAUGCAGAUGUCCGUCUCGGUGACGUAGUAGUUGCAAGACCUACCGACAAGAACGGAGGAGUCGUACAAUAUGACUUUGGAAAAGCAACAGCCGCUGGCUUUCAGCGGACAGGUAUCCUGAAUAGCCCGCCCAGAUCCCUCUUGCACGCGAUCUCUAAAGUAGAAGCAAACCAUUUGUCACAUGACCGUCAUUUUGUUUCUUUCCUGUCGGAAUUUGAGAGGAGAAGGCCUGGACAGGGAGCCUUGGUCUUCUCGAGGCCGGCGACGGAAGACCAUCUGUAUCUUGCAGAUUAUCAUCAUGCUGGCAUCCGGUCCGAUGGAUGUGCAAAUUGCGAUGAGUCGAAGACAGCUGCACGGCCUGUCCGAUGCGAUGACUCGCCAGUGGUUCAUUAUGGGUUGAUUGCAUCAGGGAACCAAGAGCUUGGGGCGUACUGUGUUGAGAUGGAAGCAGCCGGUUUGAUUAACCAUCUUCCAUGUUUGGUGAUCCGUGGCAUAUGUGACUAUGCUGAUUCACACAAGAAUGACGCAUGGCAUGGGUAUGCUGCCGCUACAGCUGCAGCUUAUGCGAAGGAACUACUUUCCAGGCUAGAAAAUUACCACAUUCCAUUUCAACUGACUGACGUACCCACGAUUAGCAACUUUGUCGGUCGGGAUGUAAACCUCCGCAAGCUAUGGGAGAUCCUGCGACCGAAUAAAGGAACGGCGCGCAAAGGUGUCGUGAUACAUGGAAUGGGUGGGCUGGGCAAAACACAACUAGCAGCCCACUUCGCUCGCAUGCACAAAGAGGACUUCACAUCAAUUUUCUGGCUGCAUGGCAAGGAUGAGACUACCUUGAAUGCGUCAUUUGCAGACCUCGUUGUCCGCGUCAGAGAUAUGGCUGCAACCGACAGUACGCACCACCAUUCGAUGCAAGAAGGGCCACCUUUAUGUGCCAAAAUAGCCCUAGAGUGGCUGUCGAAGAGAAAUAACGCUGGGUGGCUUCUCAUCUACGAUGAUGUAGAAGCUCCUGACAUUAAAAGCUGGCUGCCGACUGCAGAUCAUGGCUCGAUCAUCAUCACAACUCGAUCACCGCAACUUGCUGAGGGCAUGAUCGCUCACCCACUCACGCCGCUUCCCUUUGAGGAUGCCUUGCAACUACUCACUGGCGACCCAGGCCCUAGAGACAGCACAUACGGCAGAUGCCAAAACGACCCAAGCUCCGAAGCACUAGCUAAGCGUUUGCACGGAUUACCUUUAGCACUGGCACUUGCAGGCUCCUAUAUCCACCGGACAGGUAUGAGCUGCUCCAAAUACUUGGAAUACUACCAACGCGAAUGGUGCAGCCUUCAGGCAGCCGCACAACCUCUUCGAGGGUACCCAAACGGAAAUUUGCAGACGGCGUGGAGAGUUUCUUAUGAGGCAGUUAAGCAAACCUCUCCACUAGCAGCACAGACCUUCUUUAUUCUUUCGCUCUUUCAUCACGAGGAUAUAUGGUACGAGCUACUCCACAGCGCCAUGCAAUCCCGCAUUAUACCCUCAGGACUUUCAGAAGCUUUCUCAAACGAGAUCCAAUUUUCAAAGUUGAUGCAGAUAUUGCUGGACUUCUCGCUGGUACAGCAGUCUUCGCGCCACGGGAGUUAUUGCUUACACCCGGUCAUACAAGAUUGGUGUGAGAAUGAGCUUCCGUCAGUCGAUUCGGACCUCGAUGAGCUUAGCAGAGAGACCUUUACCAUUCUAGCAGUCACUGUGGGCUCGAACGCCCAAUUUGCGCUAGACACGAACGACUGGUCGUUGCAACAGCGCCUUCUGUAUCACGCAAACAGACUCAUGCCAUUGAUACGAGACAAACCAAGAGAGAGUCGAGAUUCUGAGGUCCUUUCGGCACUUCAUGCGAUGGGGCGCCUGUAUUGGACACAUGGAAGGCACGAACGAGCAGAGCAGAUGUACCAAAUGGCACUUGCUGGGAGAGAGAUGGCGUUCGGCCCAGAUCACAGAGUCACUCUCCAGACCGUCCAUAACAUGGGCUUGCUGUACCAUGACCGGGGAGAUUUGAGAUCAGCCGAGCUGAUGUUUGAGCGGGCGCUUUCCGGAUAUAAAAGCACCGAGAUUGAUUAUUCUCAACUGGAGGCGCUGGAUACCCUUCAGAGUCUUGCCAAUAUCUACCAUGCUCAGGGGAGACUGGACGAGGCCGAAAGGCUGUGCUACAAGGCACUGACGGGAUACCGAAGUUUAUCGACAGCAAGCAGUCCAUUGGUAAUGGAUGCAAUGCAUAACCUUGCAAACAUCUACUUUUCUCAAUACAGAUUACCCGCAGCAGAAGAGCUAUACGACGAAGCCUUGAGGGGCAAACAGAGAUCUCUUGGUGAAUAUCAUACGUCGACGCUAAACACAAUCCAUAACAUAGGUGUUGUCUAUUUUGAGCAAGGCCGAGGACAGGAAGCUGAAGAAAUGUGUGAGAGAGCCCUUUCUGGAAGGAUGACAGUAUUUGGGAAAGAUCACGCGUCUGUAUUCGACACGCAAUUCCAGCUAGGCACCAUUUAUCGCUCACAGGGUAAAUUGAAAGCGGCCGAGGAAAUGUACCAACGCGUUUUGUUGGGACGAGAGAAGGUUCUAGGCGCUUUUCACUCCUCAACUCUUCAUACUAUCCACCAUAUUGGAAAUCUCUAUUAUAUGCAAGGCAGGCUGCAGGAAGCGGAGCAGAUGCAAGAACGAGCACUCAACGGCUUUGACCGCACCUUUGGUCAUGACCACACCUAUACACUUGAGUUGGCCCAUACCCUGGCUGUUUUUUGUUGUCAGAGAGGGAAGCUCGAUAAGGCAGAGUCAUUAUUUCAACGCGUUCUGUCCGCCAAAGAGCAGAUCAAUGGGAAGCGCAGUGGACCGGUGCUUGCUAUUCUGAACAACUUAGCAAAUGUAUACCGAGAACAGGGCAGACUCCGGGAAGCAGAAGAGACCUAUAAGUUGGUCUUGGCCGAAUGGCGGAAACACAGCCCAACGCAUUCUGCAGCACUCGGUGCUUUGAACAAUCUAGGUGUCGUUCACCAAGACCGGGGCCAACUGAAAGAAGCGGAGAAAAUGUUCAAAGAAUGCCUAAACGGAUAUGAAAAAAGCCUCGGUCCUAACCAUUUCCUUACACUGGACGCGGUAUCUAACUUAGGAGACUUGUAUCGGGAUCAGCACAAAGCCCACAGGGCAAAGGAGCUUUACUUGCGCGCUCUUGCCAGCUACGAGGAGACCAUGGGUCCCGACCAUCCGAAAACACGAGAAACUGCAAACAAAGUCCGCUUGGUAUCCAGUCAUCCAAACUCGGCCAAGCGAAAUUUUAUUGCCAGACUCUGGAAAGGCAGUCGCUGGUGACAUGACUUACAGUGUAUUUCUCUUGUACGCCAAGUUUUUCCAUAUCUCUUUCAAUCGGCGAAUAAAACGUGUUGAAGAAUUCCUACGUUCGGCGACACAGUGGUAUUUGGUCCCGCUGACACGAUAUCUCUAUCUCUAAUCCAACACGCGGCUUUAGUAUUGGUAUGUCCGACGAUUUU